CCUCGGGCUCGCUCCCACCAGCUCGACUUGGAGGCGCAAGCGCGGCGAUAUCCGAUAAACCCCACCACUCCUGCUCCGCAAGCACCCGCCCCGGCAGGCUCCGCGGCCAUCGUCCUUCUCAUGGCCCUCACCACCGCGGCCACGGCAGUGGCCGUCUCCCUCCACCCUCUCCUCUCCCGGCCCGCCUGCAUCCUCCGCUUCGGCCGCCGCCUCCCUCCCCUCCUCCUCCGCGCCACCUCCUCCGCCUCCACCUCCAGCGCCCCGGACUUCAACAUCACCUUCGCGGAGCCCGCCCCGGCAAAGAAGGCCUCGUCCCCCUCACCGUCCGCGCAGCCGCUGGUUCCGUGGAUCGUCCGCGGGGAGGACGGGAAGCCUCGCCUCAGCACCUCGCCGCCGCCGGAGGUGCUCCAGGCCAUCGCGCUCGCGGAGGCGGAGGCUAAGAAGGCGGCUAAGAAGGAAAGUCUCAAGGGCCAGAAGGGUGCGGUUGCCGCCGCCGCCGCUGCUUCCAGUGCAAGCGUCAAGGCCAAGGAAAGGAAGGCCGCCCCGGCCGCGCCGCCCAAGUUUUCAAAGGCAGCCAGGAGGUUCUACAAUGAGAAUAUCAAGGACCACGAGCCACAGCGGCUCGCCAAGGUCCUUGCCGCCGCAGGAGUGGCCUCAAGAAGAACCAGUGAGGAGCUCAUCUUCCAAGGGAAAGUGACUGUCAAUGGCUCGGUCUGCACUUCUCCUCAGACCAAAGUUGACAUUGCAAAGGACUCUAUCUACGUUAAUGGGAACCGCAUUUCCAAGAAGCUGCCCCCAAAGUUGUAUUUUGCUGUGAACAAGCCAAAAGGGUAUAUCUGCUCGUGUGGCGAAGAAUCGAAGUCUGUUGUCUCCUUAUUUAAUGACUAUUUGAAGGGCUGGAACAAGAUUCAACCAGGGCUGCCAAAACCACGCUUGUUUACUGUGGGUCGUCUUGAUGUUGCCACAACUGGUUUGAUAAUAGUCACAAAUGAUGGCGAGUUUGCUCAGAAACUUGCGCACCCUUCUUCAAAUGUAACAAAGGAAUAUGUAGUAACUAUUGAUGGUGCUGUGCACAAGAAACACCUCAUAGCUAUUAGUGAAGGCACAAAAAUUGAUGGGGUCAUGUGUGUACCUGAUUUAGUAGAGCCAUUGUCUGCACAAUCAGAUACGAGAAAGACCCGUCUUAAGAUAGUGGUCCAUGAAGGACGAAAUCAUGAAGUUCGUGAACUUGUACAGAAUGCAGGGCUAAAGGUCUAUGCGUUGAAGCGUGUUCGGGUAGGCAGGUUCCGACUUCCAGCAGAUCUGGGAAUUGGGAAGUUUGUUGAGCUCAAACAGGCUGAUAUUAAGGCACUAGAAGGAAACAACUAGACAUGGCUGGCUGAUUUCAAGGCACUAGAAGGCAACGCCAAGAGAUGACUCGAGAGUUCCUUAACUGAUGAUUUUUGAACUAAUGCGGAUCAGCACGUCUCUGUCGAUAGAUGGCGGCAACCCUUCUGACAGUAACAAUUCAGGAGCUGGCCGGCUGCUACUCCACUUAGAAAGCCACUGUCUCCUGGAUCUCCAAUGGUGUGGUGGCGUUGGCUGAUAGGCAAGUUCCAUACUUUUGCCUUGAAGAGCCUAUGAACUGCUUCGCUGACCAACCUCCAGAUCCUUUAAGACAGCAGAACCUCCAACUCCUAUAGUGCAGCAGCGUUUGGUCAAGGAUGGAACAUUGUCGAAAUAGCAAAACUCAUGUCUCAUGAUAGCAUGUACUCUGUAUAUGGUGUAAAUCUACAUGCUCUUAAGCGGGCACAUGAACCAUUUGUCUGACGGUUUAACAGUAAUUGAUAGCUGGCGAGUUAUUUUUGGCCAAAUUGCAUUGGAACUCGUUUACUGAGCACUGAAUUAAAAAAAAGUCGUUUAUUGAGCUGGAAAUUA